GGCCAGGCCUGUGCUGCUCCCCCGGCCUCUCCUGUACUCCCCGCCCAGCAGAGGGCGGUCACUCCGAGGCCUUGUUGUCAGUCGCUGCACUGCAGGAUGUCGGAGGCAGCGGGCGCCGCUUCUCCCGAGGAUCCAUGGAGCAAAUCUGACACAUCAUUCAGUGAUAAUGUAGAUGCAGGUCACAUCAUGGAACGAAAAGGAAGCCUAGUAUCCAGAGCAAACAGCAUUGGCUCUACCAGUGCCUCUUCUGUUCCUAAUACAGAUGACGAGGACAGCGAUUAUCGUCAGGAAAGCAUCAAGGAUGCCUUCAAAGAUAGACGCAGAAGGGCACAUAUCCAAGCUGAGCAGAAGCGGAGGGACGCUAUUAAGAAAGGUUAUGAUGAUUUACAGACCAUAGUGCCUACUUGUCAACAACAGGAUUGUUCUAUAGGUGCACAGAAGCUCAGCAAGGCAGUUGUCUUGCAGAAGACCAUAGACUAUAUUCAAUUCCUGCACAAGGAGAAGAAAAAACAUGAGGAGGAAGUUUCUACCCUGCGUAAAGAGGUCAUGGCCUUGAAGAUCAUGAAAUCAAAUUAUGAACAGAUUGUUAAAGCUCAUCAUAAUAACCCACAUGAAGGGACUGACCAUGUCCCCGACCAGGUGAAAUUCAGUGUGUUUGAAGGCAUCAUGGACUCUUUGUUUCAGACCUUCAAUGCCUCCAUUUCUGUGAACAGUUUCCAGGAGUUGUCAGCUUGUGUCUUCAGCUGGAUAGAGGAGCACUGUAAGCCUCAGACACUUCAUGACAUAGUGCAGAGUGUCCUGCACCAGCUGAAGAGACCGCUGUACUGAGACACACCUCACCUGUUACAGGCCCAAGACCGCAAGGAGGUUACAGCAGAUGACUGUGUAUGUUGAUGGAAUUACAAUUGGGAUUAACUGUAUUUUAAAAAUAUUGCAUAGCUACUCUGAUGCCAAAACAGACUGUCAUUGGCCAUAUAUUCUAAAGCUUCACAUUCUCGCUACCAAUUAUAUGACAUUGUUCUCUUCCAGUAACCUUAAGUGACAAUGGGCUGUUAAGGUAUCCAAAAUACAUUAGAGUCUUGGGAGAUUAAAUCAUUCUUAAUCAUACAAGAAUAAACACAUUGGUUGCUUUAGGAGUCACACUUCAUAUGGUUAAAGUAUAGAGUCAGACACCCCCUCCAUAGUUUAUAGUAGCAUUCUAAUAGGCCCUACACACUAGGCAAUAUCACGCAAAGAUAUGAACGAUCUCGUUCAUUAAUGAACGAGAUACUGUUCAUAUCUUUGAGUGUGGAGGCACAAGCGAUGAACAAUGCGCGGCCCCACGCUCGUUCAUCGCUGGUGCCCCGUCGGCUGUGCAUGCAGGCCAAUAUGGACGAUCUCGUCCGUAUCUGCCAUCGGGCAGCUCGGCGGCAAUGU